CCUACAUCUCUCUCAAAAAUUGUCACUAGCACACAAGCGAAGGGGAGAGAGCCAGACCCUUAUCCUCCUUUCCCAGCACAUCAAGUUCCUUCAUCUCAGGUCUUUUUUUCUUUUACAUGGCGCAAGGGCUCUUCAAACGGGACGAUACUGCUUGCGGUUCUGGGUGCGAGAAAGCCAGCACGGAUUUGGAUAACCGAGCAUCACUGACGGGUGUAGAAUACAGCAGUUCCGGCGCCUCCGCCUUCUCGUUCUCCUCUAGCCGGCUCUAUGACGAGUAAUGGUCGGCUCGUUCUGCUGGAUGCUCCCAGCUCUAACCGGAUCGUCGACGGUACCCUAUUCAACCGCAGAUUGCCAUUUUCGGAAGAAACCUUCAAAGAGCUAGGAGAUACAUAUGGAAACUGGGGAUCAGAAUUUUAGGAAAAAGGAUAUCUAGUUGUUUUCUUCCAUUUUCAUUUAUGUUGAUUAAUUUAUUUUGCUCACGGUGAUUUUUUUUAUUCCAUCGUUGACUUGAUUUGUCAAAUUGAUGUUAACGGUGGCAGCAGUAUAUUAGAUUUACCGUCUUAAUUCUGGACAUUCCUUUCGUUGGUUUUGAACUGGACUAUCCUGCCCAUCCACCUCUCCUAUAUUUUUCUGCGCCUGUAACUAAAUAGAGCUUUCCCCGUCCUUGAUUUUUCUCUGGUCCCCUUGUCUCUUGUCCCUCUUUAUUAGAAUAGACUAGGGUUUGCUUAGCCAUAUUAAGUGAGGACGGCGUGUUUGUUGAGCAAUUUGCAGCUACGUAGGUCAACAGUUGUUGUAACACAUCGAAUGGUUUAGAUACAUUCAGAUUCAAGGCAAAGCCUUCCAUUACUCUAUCAACUCCCCACCCCUUUAACGUCUCUUAUUUUUUUGUUGCUAAAGCUGUAUUUAUCCUCAAACCCUCACAUGUCAUAAACUACCGGCUAUUUAUGCGCCUCAAUUGUCAUAAUUAAAUUCUCGUAUUGCUCAAAAUCUCUGGCAGCGUGCUGUAACAUUUGCUCAAGAUCAUGUAAAUAAACAGCCCUGUAGCUUUUUCGUUUGAAUGACAUGCUUGGGGUAUUAUUAAAGGCCUAUGAUAUUAGCAGUAAAGUGUAUAUUUCUGUAUUAUCUUUGAAUAGUGGCUUUGCAGCCUGUAUGUACGUGUAAGUUUAACAGUAGUGCUAUAGCUCCUGCAUAUCUUACCUAGCUCGAUUAAGAAAAGGACGAAACAUAGGUUCAAAUUAUUCAUUGGUGGAAAAAGAACAUUACAUAAGCAGGUAAAGCGUGCGAAAAAUAACCUUUACCAUUAAAAAUAGCCAGAAAGGCUCACCUAUUUCUUACUUAAUCGGUUCUCACCCAAACGCAACCAUAAGGUUCCUACCGCAUCCACCCCCUUCCCCCUCCUUUCGCUCAAAUAUAUCCCAUUUUUUAAAUUUGGUUUGGUCCCGUAAAUUUUCAAAUAUUUAUUUCCUAUACAUCAAGAGGAAGGGGGGUCCCCCUUUCAUGGAAUGCGGAAACAUGGGUGUGUUUGACCGCGGAGUUCAGAUGUUAUUGACCACGGUGGGCGCGUUCGCUGCCUUCAGCCUCAUGACCAUCGCGGUGGGCACGGACUACUGGCUGUACUCGCGCGGCGUCUGUAAGAUCAAGACCAACAACGAGAACGAGACCAGCAAGAAGAACGAAGAGGUGAUGACCCAUUCGGGACUGUGGAGGACAUGUUGCUUGGAAGGAAACUUCAAAGGAUUGUGUAAGCAGAUAGAUCACUUUCCAGAAGACACAGAUUACGAAGCAGAUGCCUCGGAGUACUUCUUGCGGGCCGUGCGAGCGUCAAGUAUCUUCCCCAUCCUCAGCGUCAUCCUGCUCUUCAUGGGUGGCCUGUGUAUAGCUGCCAGUGAGUUCUACAAGUCUCGCCACAAUAUCAUCCUUAGCGCAGGCAUCCUCUUCGUGUCUGCAGGCCUCAGUAACAUCAUUGGCAUGAUCGUGUACAUAUCAGCCAAUGCGGGGGAUCCCUCAAAGAGCGACUCCAAGAAAAACAGCUACUCGUACGGCUGGAGUUUCUACUUUGGUGCUUUGUCCUUUAUCAUGGCUGAGAUGGUGGGCGUGUUGGCCGUGCACAUGUUUAUCGACCGGCAUCGAGAGUUGCGCGCAGGCGCGCGAGCCGCAGAUUACCUGCAGGGCUCGGCCAUCACACGCAUCCCGAGCUACCGGUACCGCUAUCGACGCCGUUCCCGCUCCUCGUCCCGCUCCACAGACCCGUCACACUCCCGCGACGCCUCGCCGGUGGGCUUGAAAGGUUUCGGAGCGCUGCCUUCCACCGAGAUCUCAAUGUACACGCUCACCCGCGGGGGAGACACCCUAAAGACCGGUCAAGGCACCCCCACCACAACCUACAAUUCCGAGAGGGACCACAACUUCCUGCAGGUCCACAACUGCAUCCAGAAGGACCUAAAAGACUCAUCCCACACUAACACAGCCAACCGACGUACCACCCCUGUAUGAGGCACAACCUCCCCCCAUACAGAUAGCGGGGAGAAAGGAGCAGGGCUGAGGUGGAGAUGAGGCCCAAAGUAUUACAGAUCAAACUUCAUGUACCAUGAGUUUUCAUGACUAUGAGGAAAAGGGAGGAUUUUUACUUUUCGAUCAAAGAUUACACAUGUAUGCAUGAUUUUGCCAUUUGCCAUUGACAAAAUAAGUCUGGUUUUAAAUGGAGAAAGGUAAUGCGAGGUUUGCAGAAGGGUUCAUUCAGCCUGUGACAUGGGAGCUGUAGCUUGUGGUGUGGAUUUGACAUCUUUUUUUGUUAAAAAAAAACAUUUCACUACUCUUGUCGGUCUACAUGGAACAAGCUACAGCUCUCUCAUAGCGUUCUUCCCCUUUCCAAUGUAUUCAUCAUAUUUAUGUUCAUUUGUUAUGUGCAUAAAAACUGUGAACCUUUGCAGUAGGGUAUUCAGUAAGUAAUAGCCCAGUCUGCAAUCUCUUACAAAAGGUACAAUAUAUAUACAUAUAGUAUAUAUAUGUAUGUAUUAAUUUUAUAAAUAAAUUAACAUAAUAUUCAAGACUUUUCUGAGGAAAAAAAAAAACAAGAAAAGGAAAUACCGCUGUUGUUUGGUGUUGGAAGAGACAGGGGUCCCCGAGCGACCGUGGAUGAUGGAUGACAUCACAAGAGAAUCUUCACUGCAAUGCUGCUGCAACAACAGACUAAGACAUUCAACCUUAGACAAAAUUCUAUUCUUUUAAAAGAACCUUCUCAUCUUUUUCUCAGUCCCUGUUUGCUUCCUUUUGUUUUCCUCUCACUUUCGGUCGUCAUAGGAGCGAGGAAAAACAGCGCGUAUGUCGAACCCCUUCACCGCAACGAAAGGGGUCAGAGUUCGCUAAAAGACUCCAGAAAUGACUGCCGAGACGAAAAUAAAGGAAGGAGGAGGGGAGGAGGGAAAGAAGAGGAUGCAGAACUCUAAAUAAACACUUGCGAGAAAGCAAGCGACAAAUAAAAGUACGAAAUAUUACGAGAAACGAAGCUAAGUGACUCACGAACACAAAGAUUAAAUGCAUGCUAUAAAUUUACAGCAAUCCUGCUCUUGAAACUUAAGUUUUAAAGGAUAAUGAUUAUUAUAAAGGGAAAAGCGAUGUUAAAAAAGUUAAAUAUUAAUGUUUUGUGUGCUCUUUUUGUUUUGGUUUUCUCAUUAUGAUAUUAUACUUUGGUGAUAAACCAAACAAAUGACAACAGAAAUGCUUUUUUAAUUCUGAGUUAUUUCUUUGUAAGUACAUGUAUUUCUUUCAUUGGUUUAUUUUUCUCAGAAUCACACGCCUUAGUCAUUUUAAUGUGUCGUUUUAUUUGAAAUGAAAUCUAAAGGUGCCAAAACAGAAUGAUCCUAAACUUGGAUGCAUCAAGUCCUGAUGAAUAAAAAGACAAACCCAAGGGGGAACAAACUC